AUGGCUACCACCGAGAGCCCUGCGCGGGUUCAUGACCGAACAGGACGCCGCCACCCAUUUUCCAGUUGGAUGAAGCGGCUCGCAAACCUGAAAAACUCCGACUCUAGCACCAAUCGCUGGCCUCAUAAGCGACAUGCAACCACCAAAGGAAAGAAGGGCGACCAGGCGAACAACCCGUACCCGCUAUCGGGAACCCUCAGCCGCCCCGCUGGGGCUCAAAACCCAAGCGAGUCAUACCCGGUGGUUGAGCACGACGUUCAAGAGUCUUGCUCGCGGAGUGACCCGUCCCUUGUCUACUCAGGCUACGAGAAUGCGGUCCCUGCGACAAGUGCUAAAUCUACUGCGCCGACCGUGUCGACGAACGGCGAGACGGCGGCUUCAGACAUGGCAUAUUCCAAAGCUGGGACAUUGACGACGGGUGGUGAAGGAAUUAGUUCCCAAGGAGGAGGAGAGGGUAGCACGUUCUCGUCGCCGGCUCCUUCUGUUCGAUCCCUGACGACAACCUUGACCACUGUGCAGUCAGCAGCGCCGUCCACCCAACUAUAUCCGGCACCGAACACCCAGCCUGGCCACGCGCAUGGUGGCUCGACGCAGAGCUCGGCGAACCAACAAGUCCAGUUCUCACACCAGUUCCCGUCGUCAUCCUCGCCCGCGACUGCCGUACCUUCCCACCUUGCCCCUCAUGGACAUGCCAUGACAUACAGCACUGCAACCGCGAACAAUGCCCUGACCGACAACGCCUCCAUCCUGACGCUAGCAAGCUCCUCCAAGCGCCGCCGUCGCAACUCUCUAGAUACAAAUGCAUCUGUUCGGGCACUGGCACCAUCGUCCGUAUUCGGCGGCAGUCGCGAAAGUUUACCACUCAGUGUUCUGAGCGGUAACGUUGCGGAACCAUCCAACACCUCGGCUUUCAAUGCGCAGGGGGUGCUGAGCCGGCCGAGUAUGGUUGGGCUUGCUAGUGCCGAGCGCAUUAGUGUCUACUCGUCGUCUGGAGCUACGCCGUUGGCCAGUGGCGCUGGUGAGCGAGGCAGCUACUAUACUGCCAAACAGAGCCCUGUGGCAGCGGAUGGAGCUAGCGUCCGUAGUGGCGCGCACUCCCAUAGUCGCAAUGAUAGCACCACUGCCAGUGUUACUGGUGGUGUGGGCAGUCCUCUUGCCAUGCAAUCCGGUCGCAUCAGUCGAAGAAGCUCUGGCUGGGGGGAGAUCACCGGCGAUGAAGAGAACGACGACCAGCCGACCGCAAACAAAGAGAACGAAAGGACCGACGACGGUCCCGAUGAGUCAAGGAAAGCCUAA